CCUAGGGCCUAUAGAGGGCGCCGCGGCGCGGUUUCUAGAGGAGGCUGCGCCCCCACAGCUCACGGCCCUCGCGAGAGCGGGAGGAGGUUUGAGCCUGUGGUCCCCGGGAGAUCCCAGAUUGGCUUGGCCAUUGAGGGAAUUCAUCUGGAUGAAACCGUUUCAGAGAUCUGGGGAAAGAGAAUUCCAGGCAGAGAAAGGGGGUCCCGGGCACCUAGCGGGAAACUGAGCCCAAGUACGUCCGGGAACAUCUAGGACUUGGGCGUUCAGUACACCCAAGUGAGCUUGGGAGUGCUCCUCUUCUGUGAUGGGGGACGUUUGGAAGGGACUCAGAGGAGACCAGGGUUCUGAAAUUAGGUCUGGAAUAGCGACACAUAUAGUAGACCCUUAGGCCUCGCCAUUUUAAGCUCGAGUCUCUUUGUAAAACAAAGGAGGUGGGAAUAAGCAUUUCCCAUAAUGGCUAACCUCUUGAGAACUUGGUUUCCAUGAUAAGCUUCCAUCUUGCCAUUCAUUUAAAUCGCCAGUGGGAGGAAGGAGCUACUUUCUGGAACCUCUCAACAGAAACCCUGGGUUUUUUUGUUUUUGUUUUUUAAUGUCAUGCUUUAAAGAAAAAAUACUUAAAACCUUCCUACCCAAAGACCAGGGGUGAAAUGCCCAUUGAGAAAUUAACUGUUGGAAGACUGUGAUGCUUCUCGGGUUAAGACAAAUGAAAACAAGACCUGGAGAAGUCCUUAUUGAUUGUUUAGAUUCAAUUGAAGACACCAAAGGAAAUAAUGGGGAUAGAGGUAGACUCUUAGUAACAAAUUUAAGAAUUAUCUGGCAUUCUUUGGCAUUACCCAGAGUCAAUCUUUCUAUCGGUUACAACUGCAUAUUGAGCAUUACAACAAGGACUGCUAACUCUAAAUUACGAGGCCAAACUGAAGCUCUUUAUAUACUAACAAAAUGUAACAGUACUCGUUUUGAGUUUAUAUUUACAAAUUUGGUUCCUGGAAGUCCUAGACUUUUUACUUCUGUGAUUGCAGUACACAGAGCAUAUGAAACUUCUAAAAUGUAUCGUGAUUUUAAAUUGAGAAGUGCACUAAUUCAAAAUAAGCAACUACGAUUAUUACCACAAGAACAUGUAUAUGAUAAAGUCAAUGGAGUAUGGAAUUUAUCCAGUGAUCAGGGAAAUUUAGGAACCUUUUUUAUUACCAACGUGAGAAUCGUGUGGCAUGCAAAUAUGAACGAGAGUUUUAACGUCAGCAUACCAUAUCUGCAAAUUCGUUCCAUAAAGAUUAGAGAUUCAAAAUUUGGUUUAGCUCUUGUCAUAGAAAGUUCUCAGCAGAGUGGAGGAUAUGUUCUUGGCUUUAAAAUAGAUCCUGUGGAAAAACUACAAGAAUCAGUUAAGGAAAUCAAUUCACUUCACAAAGUCUAUUCUGCCAGUCCUAUAUUUGGAGUGGAUUAUGAGAUGGAAGAAAAGCCACAGCCCCUUGAAGCUCUAACAGUUGAACAGAUUCAAGAUGAUGUAGAAAUAGACUCUGACGAUCACACGGACGCUUUUGUGGCUUAUUUUGCUGAUGGCAAUAAGCAACAAGAUCGUGAACCUGUAUUUUCAGAAGAACUGGGGCUUGCAAUAGAGAAAUUGAAGGAUGGAUUCACCCUACAGGGACUUUGGGAAGUAAUGAGUUGAUCUUGAGUUGAGCUGGAUUUCUAUUUAAAGAUAUCUCAAGAUUAAAGAUACUAGUUGCCUGCUAUAAGGCAUGGAAUAGUUUUUACUUUUACAGAGAAAGCUUUUAAAAAAGAGUUUUUUAAUGAUUAAGGAAAAACUCAUUUAUCUAAGAUUUUAUUGCGACUUUUCUAAAAAUUGUAUUUAAAAUUAUAAUCAAAAUGUAUCUGGUUUGUAAAUAUGUUUAUUUUGUACCUAAUGCUUGUAAAUUAUUAGUCUGCAGAUAUUAAAUGACUGUAUCUUGUUGGGUUUAAUAAAGAAUUUAUGCAGCACCAUUUAAUGUUUUGAAAGCAUUAUUUAA